AUGUCGGGACCGGUGCCAAGCAGGGCCAGAGUUUACACAGACGUAAAUACACACAGACCCCGCGAAUACUGGGAUUAUGAAUCACAUGUGGUUGAAUGGGGAAAUCAAGACGAUUACCAACUAGUCCGGAAACUGGGCCGAGGCAAAUACAGCGAAGUCUUCGAAGCCAUCAACAUCACGAAUAAUGAAAAAGUAGUUGUUAAAAUCUUGAAGCCUGUGAAAAAGAAGAAAAUCAAGCGUGAAAUCAAAAUCUUGGAGAACUUGCGAGGCGGUCCGAACAUCAUCACCCUGGCCGAUAUAGUGAAAGACCCGGUGUCUCGGACUCCGGCCUUGGUUUUUGAACACGUAAACAACACAGACUUCAAGCAAUUGUACCAAACGUUAACAGACUACGACAUUCGGUUCUACAUGUAUGAAAUUUUGAAGGCCCUGGACUACUGUCACAGUAUGGGGAUCAUGCACAGAGACGUUAAGCCCCACAACGUCAUGAUCGACCACGAGCACAGAAAGCUGCGGCUAAUAGACUGGGGCUUGGCAGAAUUCUACCAUCCUGGCCAAGAGUACAACGUUCGAGUCGCUUCCAGAUACUUCAAAGGCCCCGAGCUUCUUGUAGAUUAUCAAAUGUACGAUUACAGUCUGGACAUGUGGAGCUUGGGGUGCAUGCUCGCCAGCAUGAUCUUCCGGAAGGAGCCCUUUUUCCACGGCCACGACAAUUACGAUCAGUUGGUGAGAAUAGCGAAGGUGCUGGGGACGGAAGACCUGUACGACUACAUCGACAAAUACAACAUAGAACUUGACCCCCGUUUCAACGAUAUCUUGGGCAGGCACUCCCGCAAGCGAUGGGAGCGCUUCGUCCACAGCGAGAAUCAGCACUUGGUCAGCCCGGAGGCCCUGGAUUUCCUAGACAAAUUGCUGCGAUACGACCACCAGUCCCGGCUCACGGCAAGAGAAGCCAUGGAGCACCCUUACUUUUAUCCCAUAGUGAAGGACCAGGCUCGGAUGAGCUCCGCCAGUAUGCCAGGAAGCAGCACCCCCGUCAGCAGCGCCAGCAUGUUGUCAGGGAUUUCUUCAGUGCCAACGUCUUCACCUCUCGGGCCACUGGCGGGCUCGCCUGUGAUCUCUGCUGCCAACGCCCUGGGUAUGCCAGUUCCAGCAGCCGCAGGAGCUCAGCAGUAGAUGACCGCCACCCGUCUCCCGGACGCCCGACCAGAACCGGGUCGGGCCGGAGGACCCCGCUCCACCCCUUCCCCCGGACAGGAGCCUCUCACGCCCAGUGCUGGGGGGGAGGGGGGGAAGGGUGGGGAUAUGGAAUGCUUUGGAGGAACGAUGUCUGAACAGUUGCUUGUGGAUUUAUAGUAGUUCAGUCAUAAAAAAAACGAUUAUAGGCCCUUUUUUUUUUUCCUUUUUCUUUUUACUUGAACUUUUUCGAAACUCAGGGGAGUCCCUGAGAGAACCCACGGAGGGGAGUGCUUUGUGGACGAUUCUUCCUCAUUCUGCUCACCGCGUCCCGUUCCACCUGAGAUGAAGCAGCGGGGCCCUUCCCUCCCCAAUCUCCAGGCUUUCUUCUUGCCGACUCGGGGCUCUUGCCCACUGGGGAGGGGAGGGGGAAGAAGAAGUCAUUGUGCUCCUUUUCCUCUGCUGGGGGCUGCCAAAUACAGGCAGCCAGGUUGGAAGGUUAGAAUUCUAUGAUUCUAUAAGGGGGUGGGGGAGUCCUGAAGUACUCAUCAGUUCUAAUGCCUUUACAUUCUGCAUUGUAAUGUAGCCAAAUGGGUGCAUUGGGAGGAAAUGUCACUCGCAGAGACGGUUUCCCCGGGAAAGAGCAGACAGGCCCUGCCCGUUGGGGAUUUCUUGCUGAGAAAAUCCGGAUCUCUUCCCGCGGGCCACUUGGCUCGCCGAUUCAUCCUCUUCUCCCCCUGCAUGUGGUGUCAAUCCAAAGUCUCCAGGUUCCUAACGCAUUUAGAGGGAAGGCCAACGACUACCUCCACGGAAGGUGUUCCGGCGUAGGGGAAGGCGAUAGAUUCCAGUAAGCGGCUCCCAGCCCCCUGCCAUCAAGAGGCCUCCAGUUUCCCUUGGCUAGGGAUUCUGGAAAGGAACGCAUCACUAAAAAGAAAUUUAAGCUCCUGGCUAUGUGUCUCCACCCAAACUGGACCCUCCCCCCAAACUGAUCUGGGGGCCCCGGCCGCCCACCCUCCUCCACGUGCCAUGUGAUCAGAGAUACCCUCGUGUGCGAGAUCUUUUUUUUUAAAAGCACGAUUCACCGUCUUGUAAAUAGACAUGGAAGAAAAGAAGCGAGCAGCCUGUGACUCUUUGGGGGGGGACGGGACCGUAGAGCUGCCGGAGAGACUUAACUGUGGAGAACAUCUGCUUUACCCCACGUGUAUAUAGUCAAUCUUGUCCUUCCUCUGCCGAACGACCCAACGUUGGAGUUCCUUGCUGUGUAAAUAAACUGUUUCCUUUUUUUUUUAAUUUAUGAAGGGGUUAGGUUUAAGUUGAUUGUGCCAAGGGUCUCGCGCCGAGCCGGCGUCGCAUUCCGUUUCCCCCCGCUUUGCAGCCCUCGAACCGCAAACAGAGGUUUGGGGAGCUCAGACUGCGGUCUCUUCGUGGUGCACCUUGUUCAGGUGGGUUGUAGUCAGUAAUGGGGGCGAAGAAGCCGUUUUUUACAGGGAGGAGCUCACGAGAGAAGCAAGAAAAGAAAAG